AGGUGUGUCCUGUCUAGGGGUGGGACUUCUCGAAUAUACGGAUCGGAUUCGGGUAGGAUCCGAUCGGAUCAACAUCUUUCGGAUAAAUGAAUUUUAGAUCCAAUAAGUACUUAAUAGAUUUUGGUUCAGGUUUCAGGUCCGAAUACAUUUUUAUUAUGUGAAUCAUAUAUAUAUUUAUAAAAAUAAAAUAAUUUACAUAUAAAUUGAAGUGAUCCGUAUAACCAUUCUUUAUUAAUUUAUUUUAUUUAUUAUUUUUUUAAGGAAAAGUGAAUCAAAAUCGUAUAUAUAUUAAUAAUAUGUAGUUAAGUAGCCUAGUGGUAUUACAUCUGUCACUUCGCCUAUCCAAUCUGGGUUCGAUUUUCGGGAGAUACAAAUUUAUGUUUUUCUAAAUAUAGAAUUCAGUUUAAAUGAGUACAUGCUCGGUUCCGAGUAAAAAAACGAACCGAUGCCCAUGGAUAAUCAACACUAAUACCCAUUGGAUAAAUUGACUAGGAUCAAAACCGAACAAAACCGAUCUAUUUCGGGUUGGAUCCGGUUGGGAUAAACGAUUCCGGUUAAAAGUCUCAACCCUAGUGUCCACAACAAGUAUUCAAAGCUAAUAUAGUCUCAGUCAAAAACACUUCUAUGUAUAUCGUCCAAGUAAAAUAUAAAUCCAGACAUUCCAUGUAUAUAAAAAGUUCGCAGCUAUUUAAUUUUGUUAGCAAAAGAGAAAAAGAAAACGCACAUAACGAACUAAAACAUAAAUCAAAAAUGGGUUUAAGUAGUAAAUGUAUUUUCUUGUGUUCUUAUGUCUCACUGUUCUCUUGAUGAGUCUUUGAUCCCAGGUAUGGAAAAUACGAAUUAUAGCUUGUAUUUUAUUUGUAAAUCUAUACUAUUAAAUUAUUAUUAUCCGUUAAUGAUCAUUAUCUGAAAUUACAUUAUCAAGACGUUAAUUCGUUAUAUGGUAUUUUGAUUUAUGGGGACUUGUUAACACAUGCAUAAAGUGACACUUGAAACUAAAUAAAACAAAAACUUACGUUUAGGAUUAUUUAAACAAGUUGACCAAAAAAAAGAUUAUUUAAACAAAGAUUGAUAUAAAAACUAAUAAUUGAAUUAAAGGUAAUAAAAGAGUACAUUUAUUCUUCCUUUGUAAAAUACCAUGUUUUUUGUUAAAGGAGAAUUUUCUGAAUAUUCAUAAGAGGUAAAAGAAUGAAGAAUAUAUUCAUACUACAGUAAUUCAGAACGGAUGGGAAAAUUUGCACACAAAUUUGAUUGAAAUCUCUCUCCAUGCACGUGUGCGUAAUAUCGACACUCCAAAACUAAAGCUGUCAUACUAUACUACAUAUCAUAUAUUAUAGGUACAUAAAUGAUUUAUUAAUCAGUUACAAAGUUGGGUUUCAUCAAUUACGUAACUAUACUAUACAUGUUUACGACAAAGUUUAUAAUACUCAACAAAAAAAUAUAAGCUUUUUAAUAAUGUGUAUGCCCAUAAUGCUUUACCAAUCUGGAGGAGAGGAUCAAAGAAAGUGGUAACGUACAUAGCAAUUGUACUAGGAAUCAAGUUUACAAAAAAACUGGCAUAUUCACCAAAGAAGAGAACAUAUAUGCAUGCAUGUCCAUGUAUGGAAAAAGGCUAGCAUACGACUAUACUAUAUUUAAUAUAGUAUGGUAACAUCAGAUUUGAGUGUUUUUAUCCAAACAAGCUGAACAAAAUUAAACAAAGGGAAAAUCAGCAACUAGGUUACUACGGGCAUUAGUUUGGGUUAAAUGUGGAGUCUUCAACUGUAUGCAUCCUAACUGCAGCUUCAAGUGCGUCUUCCGUGUGACUAUAUUGUUUAAUGCUCUCAUAUAGUAUAUGAGAUAAAACUUUUAACUUUUCUCAAAAAAUACGUUUCUCGUCGUUUUGCCGUUAAUCCCUUCUAACCAGUUAUGAAAACUAAACGGUGGUUUCGAUUUCAGAUAAUACACAAACAGACCGUGUUGCUUAGACACUAAUGAUAUGUCCACUAAAACUAUUAAUUCAAAUGACACGGUGGGAAAGGUAAAGAAAUCACAAGUAGUGGCGGCGGUGGCAGAAGAGAAAACGGUAGAGAUGGUGGCAACAAUGGUGGAAGAGGUGAUGGUGGUGAAGGAUCAUACAAUCCACAACGGCGGUAGUGGAAGCAAAAACAACGGAGAUGAUGAAAAAAAUGGUGGAAGCGCGGAUGGUGUAGAAGAAUGAAAUAAUUGGCAACAUCGAUUGUGGUGAUGUUACAAAUAGAGGUGACUGAAGCGGAAAAAAAUAAAAUGAUCAGAGAUAAAAUAGACAAAAUUAUAAACAGAGAAAAUAAAAAAGAUAUGUGGUGCGUGCGUGUGGUAUCAAAGGUAAAAAUAUAAUUAAUACAAAAUAUACACAGAAUAUCAUACCAAAAUAGUGUUAUGGACAUAAACGUUAUUUAUAUUUUUUUUAUGUAUAUGCGCUUCAAUUCCCCUUUUGUUAAAGGUAAACACUAUUUUUUAUUACUGUUGUUUUGAUUGAUGUUACAACACAAUCUAAAUAAUUUCAAAUUAAUUAUAGUUUCUAAAUAAUUAUUUAUUGAUAUUUAGUUAGAAAAUAAAAAUAAUUGAUAAACAAAAACCACACAGUGCACUUAAUAAUAAAGAAUAAUAACCUAACAUCGGCGAAAACUCUCAAAAUUUGCUUACUCACUGCAUAUCAACCUGAAAAAGAUCCCAAUCACUUAACCCUUUGAUCAGGCAGAGAACCUUCACUCUAUAUUAAAUUCAUGCAGGAAGAACAACUAAUGUGUUUGUGGAUAUGUUAAUCUAAUUUUGUAUUUCUAUUUAAAUAAAUAUUAAUAUAAAUUUGUGUUCAAAUUUUUUUUUGAAAGAUUACUAAUAAGGAUGUUUUCAAUACUCGUGAAUAAAAAUUACAAAUAUUAAUAUAAAUUUGUGUUUACGCUACUUUCUUCCAAUGCGAGAUGGUGAUAGUUACCGGUUCAAACUUCUUUUCUUUCUUGUUUCUGUCAUCGGAUUUAAGAUCUUUUUAACGGUUCAAACCUCUAGAUGGUCCUUGACCCAUAUUGCUGAAUAUAGUAUAAUAGACAAGUAUGAAAAGAUUAUAUAAUACAAAUAUAUAUAUAUACAUAUAUACAUACGUUAAAUAUUUUGAACUAUUCAAUUUCAUAAGCAGCAUCUAGGAGAAAAAGAAAAAAAAUACAAUACAAAUUACAACAAAUUAUUAAAAUGGCUUCAUCAAAGACAUGUUUUUUUUCUUGUGUUCUUAUGUCUCGUUGUUCUCUUCUCAUUUUUAAAAAUAGGUUAAUCUUCUAAUUUAAUAUAUUUUUUCAUAUUUAGUUCAUGGAGUAUCUCUACUUUAAUAUAAUAUAGACUAUAAAGAUAAAAUUAUAAAAAUAACAUAUUUUUAUAUUUUUUAUUUCAAUAUAAAAUUUUAAUUAACAUUAAUUAUAAUAAUAUUAUAUUACUAAUUAUGAAAUUAAUUUACGAAUUAUUUUAUAAAAAGUAUAUAUAAAAUGUUUGGUAGGAUAUUGUUAGAUUUUUUUCAGUACAUUUUGUUAUAACUAAAAACAAAACCCAGAUUUAUUGUCUAAUUUGAUAUAUUAUCUGUAUUAACUGUUAAGAUUUAAUAUAAAUAAUCAAAUAUAUCACAUUAAUUAACUUAUAGCUAUAUAUAUAUAUAUGAGUGUGUGUGUGUGUGUGUUAAAUCUUUGAACUAUUCAAUUUCAUAAGCAACAUCGAGGAGAAACACAGUACAAGUUAUAACAAAAUUAUUAAAAUGGCUUCAUCAAAGACAUGUUUUUUUCUUGUCUUCUUAUGUCUCGUUGUUCUCUUGAUUCCAAAAUCUGCACAAGCGGAAGGUGGUGGAAAGCCCUAUAUUCAAGGAGGUCCCUGCUCGCAAUUUCCAGACUGCAAUCAACAUUGCAUUGACUUAAAAUUUCCAGGUGGAGGAAAAUGCAUCAAAGUGGGUCAACGUAGCGAUUAUUUGACAUGUGCCUGUUUUGAAUAAUCUUAUAUGAUAACAUGUUUAAGAUAUUGAGCGAAUGUUAAAAUAUUAAUAAAAAUGUUACAAAUAUUUUUAAGAUG